CAGACUGUAAAUUAACGCACUGAUGAUUUGACAAGAAGAGACUCAGAGGGAUUGAAUAAACACGGAUAACUUUCUGUGCGCGUGCAAAAUUCUGUUUGUUCGUUUACCGAGUCUACAUUAACUUAAUUAUUGUUUAUUCAGUGGAAUCUUCUUCGCAAACUAAAACGCUAGUUACAGGUAGAGCAGCAGGAAGAGGAAGAGAGCGCCUCCAUUAGCAGAGCUGGAGCGUUGUGGAGGUUAAUCAUUACUUCAGCAUCACUUCUUCAACUGAGAGCCAGAUGGCUGAAUGAAACCCCGAUGGAGAACUGGGAGCAGCACCCCCUGCUGGACUACACACAAACACCUUCACACUGAUCUCCAGAUUUCUGCUCCGCCACAGUGUGACUCUUCUGCCUGAAGAGUGGAGCUCCCCGAUGCGACUACAUCGGCUGAGUGAGCAUGAAGCUUAUUUGCCACACUGAUGGCUGUGUUUCUGUUAAGGGAGAUCUCAUGUACACGCAUUUCAAAUUGACUGACCACCUUCACUCAGGCUGUCGGUGUUCAGAGAGCUCUGAGGACCUGAGGUCUCCUUGUUUAUCGCCGGAGGCACUUCAUCAUUCCCAUGCAAACAGCUCCACGCCAAGUAUGCCAGAGAAUUGAAUAUUCAUCAUGUUUCUCUUUAGCUUAAAAGGAAAGGGACGGACGGAAGCAUGGCCAAUACGUCUGGAGGCUCUCAAGAGGCGGUUUCAAAGCUCCCGUAGAACAUUCCAGAAAUACAGCUGUGUGGACCACAAUCAACAUUACAGUUUAAAUGAAAAACGAGGGAGGACAGUGCGUUCCAACACAACACAUUGGAAACAAAAGGUCUCGAACGCUGCCCGAUGCUGCUUUAAGGACUUAGCCUGCAAAUACUCUCUUUUUCUCUCGACUGAUCGUUUAACUGAGAGUAAUAGCCCAGAAAUCUAGGCUAUGCUUUCUGAACAACAGACCUUAAUGUAGUACCACUAUUUAUUCAAUAAGGAAAAUUUCAUUUAUAUGAAUUGAUUUGGCCUUGACCCGCUUUACUAUGACAAGGACUCAGGGAUGUCAGUGUCAUUCUUCAUAAUAGGAGCCUUAUGUUAUUAUUGAGACGAGUGAUUGUGACUCACUUACCAGUGGGUUUCGAAGCCAAUAAAGGUUUCAAUUAACAGUCAUAAAGAGACCUUGACGACUCCUCGUUGGAACUUUGUCCUUCAGAAUCCCAAACAAGGCCUCCUAUCCUAUUGGAUUCCUACGGUAGAAACUGGCCAUACACCCCCUUUCCACUCAAGCGCCGUCCAAUUGGUGUGGGCGGUGAGGGCUGCGCCACGAUUGGUUGAGUGCAGGGUGGGUGUGCGAUGCGGAUUGGAGGAUGUCGGGGGACUGGGAAGACGACCUUUGUAAGAAGGCGUUGGUGCUGGUGGAGGAGCUGUGCUUCCGAUCUGGAGGCUUCAGCCAGAGUGCGAGCUGCCAAGAGUUCAGCUACAUGAUGAGAAGACCCAAUGGACAGAUGAACACAGAGAUCUCUGUGAGUCUGCUCUCCGUCAUCGUAACAUUCUGUGGCAUCGUGCUGCUCUCUGUCUCUCUCUUCGUCUCCUGGAAGCUUUGCUGGUUGCCGUGGAGAGAUAAGGAAGGAGGAGGUCUAAGCUUGACGUCAGGGCUCCUACCCGGUGGUGCCAGUUUAGGUGGGGUGGGGGGUGGAGGAGGCUCCUCGCUCCUCCCUCCCCUAUUGCACAGGAAGGACACACAGUCCUCCUCCUCACUAUAUCCCACCCUCUCACAGCAUGGUCAGCAUCACCCCCAUUUCUCCGACCUGAUGGGUGUGGAGGGCGGAGGUGCGCUGGUGGUGGGGGGUGUGGUUGGAGGUCCGCAAGAAAUGCAGGAGCAUUCCUACCUAGACAUGGACUCAUAUCCCAACAAUGCUGCGAAUAUUAAGUUGAGUCAGACAUCUCCUGAGUUGCCGCCAGCAACAGAAGGAGGCUCAGCUGCGAAAGACCUACCCAAUGCCCAUCCACCGCAGCAGGUCACCACUAGGCCUAAGCCCAUGACUCACCAGCUCUCCAGCCCUGAUUUCCAUGGUGAGGAGAAGAGUGAGCAGCUGACCAGCAUCGGGCAGAUCAAACCAGAACUCUACCGGCUGCGCCAAGGAGACCAGGGGGAAGGCAAACAAGGCGACACCUGCGGCAAAAUCAGCUUCCUCCUCCGCUACGCCUUCAACACGGAGCAGCUGGUGGUUAAAAUACUGAAAGCCCUCGACCUCCCGGCAAAAGACGCCAAUGGGUUCUCCGAUCCUUAUGUCAAGAUCUACUUACUGCCUGAUAGGAAGAAGAAAUUUCAGACCAAGGUGCACAGAAAAACUCUCAACCCCAUUUUCAACGAGACGUUCCAGUUCGGCGUGCCGCUGGCUGAGCUGCACUCGCGCAAGCUCCACUUCUCCAUCUACGACUUUGACCGGUUCUCCAGGCAUGACCUCAUUGGUCAAGUGGUGGUGGAAAACCUGCUGGACUUCAGCGAGGGAACUGGAGAGAAGCCUAUUUGGAGAGACAUUGUUGAAGGAACCGCGGAGAAAGCCGACCUGGGGGAGCUGAACUUCUCACUGUGUUACCUGCCAACAGCCGGCCGAUUGACCGUCACUAUUAUUAAGGCCACGAAUUUAAAAGCCAUGGACCUCACAGGCUUCUCAGAUCCAUACGUAAAAGCAUCUCUGGUUUGCGAGGGACGACGGCUUAAAAAGAGGAAGACCUCCAUAAAGAAGAAUACUCUCAAUCCAACAUAUAAUGAAGCUCUGGUGUUCGAUAUACCCAAUGAGAACAUUGAGAACGUGUCGCUAGUCAUCGCAGUCAUGGACUAUGACUGUAUCGGUCAUAAUGAGGUGAUCGGGAUGUGCCGUGUGGGCAGUGAUGCUGAAGGGCCGGGAAGAGAGCACUGGACAGCCAUGCUGGCAAAUCCUCGCAAACCUAUUGAACACUGGCACCAGCUGGUGGAGGAAAAAUCCAUAACCACAUUUGUGUCAAAGAGUGCCACAGCCUCCCCUAAGCCACACAUAGUGGUGGACAGCCCUCACUCCGAGUAGAGAUGUCAGCGUUAUCUUUUUAGCGACAGAAAUACAUUCGUUUUUUUCACCUGUGAAUAAUUGUUCAUCAAGACCGAACCAGAGAAGAGAGACUGCUUGUGUUAGUGCUUUCCUUUCAAUCAACCCUGCAGACCCAACACAAUAUAUAGAGACCAACCUGAAACAAAGCAUACACGAACAGACAUACACAUUAUACAAACUCUGGCAUGGAUGGUAUUGCUUCAGGAAUGAUGUUAAUGUCAAAAUAUAGAAUUUAUUCAGGGGAAACAUGACGAACAUUCCCACUUUAAAAAUCGUGAGAUAUUUCAAACUGAGCCUACAUUUUAAUUACUUAAAAACAGUCAGGUGAGAAACCUGAUCAAUUCUGGACCACGAAUGUUUUUGUGUAUGCGCGAGUGCAUGUGUGUGUGUGAGUUUGUAUGGGUGUCUGUGCGUAGCUAGAAAAAAAACAAAUCUAUACAAAUUAUUUGGAGUUGUAUUCUCUGCCAACGCAGAACCUUAGCAACUGUUACUUAUCUCUCUGGAGACGAGGACUACUUUAUCACCGUUCCCACCUGGAGAACGAGGAAUAAGGACGAAUGCAUCGUUGUGCAGUAUUGAAAUGUGUCUCCCUGCCUUUUCCAUUUUGAUCACCUUCUGCAUCGAGAUCAACAAUUCAUUUAUUUAUGUAUUUUAUUAUUUACCAAAGUCAAACCAUUGUACCAGAUAAGAAAGGAACAGGCCCGGAUGCACUGGCAAGUUGAAUUCCUUUGAGAACUCUUCCAAGGAGCUAUCACUGAUUUCAAAUGUUGCCCGAGGAACUAGGAUGGACCUUGGAUUGUCCUGGAAACAUAUCCUACGGGAAAAAGAUACGGCCAUAGUGUUUUAUUUUUAUACCACGCGAUAUUAUAAUUUUAUUUUAGUUCUUGUAGACAUUGUUCAUUAUGAAAAAGGAAGUGCGUGCUCUACAUUACCCCUCUGCCAAGAGGACCACUUUGGAACGACACGCACCUUCGUUCUCUUCCCGUGUACCUACUUGUUCGUGGGAGUAUUCUUUUGUGUCGAUAUGCGUUUGCUCGUCACUUCGUGUGUGCGUGUGUAUGCCCGUGUGUCGUAUAUGUCACUGUGACCCCGUGUACGACCCCGUGUUUGCGUCUCGCAACCCCACUUCCCCGUCCUUUCUCCUGCACAGAGGAUCAUCUUGUUUUGAACAAUCAAAAUGUGUCUCCUGUCCUGUGUCUUAGACAAACUAUUUCCUGUGUAGGAUCUGUUGCACUAGGUAGGGACAGGGUGUAUUUCUCAGAAUGUGGUAUUGACCUGUCUCUGUUGUUUCCCUAACCAGCUCGAAAUCACUGAAAAGUGUCCCUAGCCUGAUCUGUGUUCUUGUGUUGGGUGUGCUCUUCUUUUUUUGUAAAUGUGCUAUGUGUGUACGAGGGGACAAACCUGGUGGCCACAGCUGUUGCGGAAAUACGUUUUUAAUGACCUUUAAAAGAAAA